AAAUUCGCAACCUGUCGCGCCGCUACUCGUGAUUUUACCGAAUUGCCCUUUUGGGAGUCGAAGCGCUCUGUCUCUCUCUCGUUCGAAACCGCGAUAGCCCAUCAGAAACCCUAGAAGAAGCUCGACGACGCGGACAUGGCGAUCGCUAGAACCGGUGUAUUCGUAGAUGAUUAUUUGGAGUAUUCGAGCACGUUGGCGGGGGAGCUUCAGAGGCUUCUCUCCACCAUGAGAGAACUCGACGAACGAGCUCAAGGCACAAUUAGUCAGACAAAAGAGCAGACGAAGCACUGCUUGGGAAUGUUGUCUUAUGGCUCAGAAAAAUUAAACCAUGAAAAUGACGAAACUGCAUUCGAGAAAAUAAAAAAGGAGAUUGAAACUAGCCAAGAAAAUGCACUAAGCCUUUGCACCGAGAAAGUGUUACUAGCACAGCAAGCUUAUAAUCUGAUAGAGAGCCAUAUUAAACGGCUUGAUGAAGAUUUAGCCCAAUUUGCUGAAGAUUUAAAGCAAGAAGGGAAAAUCCCCCCAGAUGAACCAGCAAUCCUCCCUCCACUUCCUGUGGUAACCAGGGAUGAAAAGAGAAAGGGAGGCUAUAUUACACCUCAGUCGAAGAGGUUAAAAGAAAGGGAAUGGGGGGUGGAGCGGGGUAUGGAUCUUGACCUAAUGCCUCCCCCAGGCAGCAACAAGAAGAGUACUCCUGCAUCUGUUGAUGUGGACCAAUCCAUUGAUCCGAAUGAACCGACAUAUUGCAUCUGUCACCAGGUGUCUUAUGGCGACAUGAUUGCCUGUGACAAUGAGAAUUGUGAAGGAGGUGAAUGGUUCCAUUAUUCAUGUGUUGGCCUCACACCAGAGACAAGAUUUAAAGGGAAAUGGUUUUGCCCAACCUGCAGGAGCCAGCAAUGAGCCGUCGGGCUCUUCCCAUAGCUAACCCUAUUUUAGUCACAAUGGGUUGCUUACUGCGUAAUUCUGGUUCUUAAAGCUGGUUCAUGUAACUAGUUUAGUGAAGAGGGAUUCUCUCUUUGUAAAAAAUUCUCAUAUUCGGGUGCCGUAAUAACACUUGGUAGUGUAACGAUUACGAUCUUUGGUGGCUAUUUGCAUCUUUAGCUUUUUCUUUUUUUUGUUU